AUGUGGGAGACCAGUGCCUGGGCGUCAUCAAGGCUCCAGGAAGGAGGAGCCGUCACUCUGCUAAGCCUGUAUCUUCUCUUCGGCUACGGGGCCUCUCUACUCUGCAAUCUUAUCGGAUUUGUGUACCCUGCAUAUGCUUCAAUCAAAGCUAUCGAGAGCCCAAGCAAAGAAGACGACACUGUGUGGCUGACCUACUGGGUGGUGUACGCCCUGUUCGGGCUGGCAGAGUUCUUCAGCGAUCUUCUCCUGUUCUGGUUCCCUUUUUACUACGCGGGCAAGUGCGCCUUCCUGUUGUUCUGCAUGAGCCCCGGGCCCUGGAACGGGGCGCUGCUGCUGUACCAGCGUCUCGUGCGCCCGCUCUUCCUCAAGCACCACGCGGCCGUGGACAGCGCCGUGAGCCACCUCAGCGGCCAGGUCCUGGACGUGGCGGCCGGAAUAACCAGAGACGUCCUACGGGCCCUGGCUCGCGGCCGGGCUCUCGUCACCCCCGCAGUGGUGGGGGAAGCCCCCACAGCCCUGGAGGGCGACUGUAUCACCGCCAAGCCCGAGCCCUCCGCAGAAGGGCAAGUGAAGCUGCCGUCCCGCUCUGGCACGGACAUCCCAGCUGGCGAGAAGGGCCGCGCGGUGGGCCCCCAGCUGUCCACGGAGGCCCCAGCCAAGUCCCUGAUGUCAGAAGCCCAGCCCAGCUGCUCCAGCCUGGGCAAGCCCCCUGCCCGUGGCGCCUUAGGCCACCCCCAGUCUCUGGCCAGGCCAGGCUCAGGGUCACGGAUCCAGCUGGCCUCUCGCUCUGCCACUGGCUCCCAGCUGCCCAAGAAAGCCCAGGGCUCAGCUCAGGGGCCAAGCAACCAUUCCAGCCAGGCCCCCAAACGCCCUGCGCUCUCUGACCCUCCUUCAGGGCCCUCACCCCCGGUCUCCUCCAACAGGGAGCCUGCUCCCAAUGCCUCUCCCAGCGGUGCUCCCAGCCCUACUCAACCCCCAAGCGAGCCCCAAGACCAGGCCUCCGAGACCAGCAAACAGCCCCAGGAGGAGGGACCCACUCAGCCGGCCGUCAGCGCCGCAGGGCCUGAGCUGAGCAGCCCCAGCCUUUCAGAGUCCUCCCUGGACUCCACUUCCGAGUCCACCACAGAGCUCACCUGCUGCUGGCCGUGCUACAGACCCCAGCUUUGGUGCCCGAGGCACUGCUGGCUGCUGGAGCACUUGGCCUACUAG